UUAUAGAUAUAUGUUUCAUUAUAUUCACUUGCACUGCUGAUUUCCUUUGCAUAAUUUUUCUUGUUUGGAUCGGUGAAACUUUUAUCAUAAUGGAUAUUUUAUUGCCGUCCUUUUCUGAUUCUUCGUCAUCGGAUUCUUCUUUUUUGUUGGAUUCUUCAUCACCAUCUACAACUUCUUUUCCUAGUGAACACAUGUCACCGGAGAAAAUGAUUGAGGAGGAAGGCAAUUACGACGUAUUCCUGUUAGAAGCAAUGAUUUGCUCAGUUUGUUUUAUGGUAUUUGAUGAACCAAAACAGCUACAGUGUGGUCAUUCAUUUUGUAAGACUUGUAUCGAUCGACUGUGUAAUGAAGUGGAACAAAAAUAUAGUUGUCCCUUAUGUCGUGCGCAUUUUACUAGUCCACCCGUCGUCAAUUAUUCCUUAAAGAGCCUUAUAUCUCGGAUAAAAGAAAGAGACGCUAUGGUUAAAUGUUGUCAUCAGUGCUCGCAUGCUGUAAAACCAGAGGAUCAAUAUUGUUGUGAUGACUGUGAUCAUACUGAUAGAAUAGAGCGUGUACGUUGCGGUUUAUGUGUAAUAAAUGGGCAUGCUAAGAUGGGUCAUGCUGUAUCAAAAUAUGGCGAAUCAAACGAACGAGUUAAAACAGCUCAGCAGACACUAAAAGAAAUGAUCAAUGAAACUGUCCAGUUUCUGCAAGAAUGUAAAAAAUUGGCGAGUGAUCGCUUCAGUUUUGUGGUGAUUAAUUUGUUUAAGCUGCUGGAUGAACAGUACACACAGUUUAGUGCUCUAGAAACAGCGCUAGAUACCAAUGGGUUUAUAUCAAAAAAGGAUAUUGAGAUUAAAUUAGAGCAUGCCCGACGAUUACAUGGAAUUUACAUGCGGAGUGCUUCUGAAUUUACCGGACUUAUGAAUACCAUGUUCAACGAAAUUGCAGUACUCACAGAAAAGACAGGGGUGGAACUGGCAGGUCAUGCUGUCUAUGGAGAUAUAAUCAAUAAAAGGGAUUUGAUUGCGCAAUCUGCGCAAGAACAAACACAGUCAUGGUUCGAAUAUCAGCGAACAGGGCGUUUCAGUGCUUUAUGUUCAGCGAUAGCACGUCGAAGUGCUGCUGUAGCUCGACGCCAUCUUAUGACAAGUAACAUUCAAUCAGAACCGGAAGUAAUUGUCAAUAUAAUGCCACCGAUCUCACCAGCAGCACCUGUCACACCUGCUUUGCCCGUAUAUAGAGAUGGGGCUUUGUUAGUUCACCAGACCUGAUUAAUUUUAUCCUUUUGUCUUCGUUUUACACUUCAAUGCAAAUUAAUUAG